GUCCCGCCCCGGCGCAUGCGCGCGCCCCGCCCCUCCCUUCUGCCCGCUCCGCGCCGCCGCCAUGGCGCCCGCCAAGAAGCCAGCAGUGAAAGGUGGCAAAAAAAAGAAGCAGGUGUUGAAGUUCACCCUGGACUGCACCCACCCGGUGGAGGAUGGCAUCAUGGACGCCGCCAAUUUUGAGCAGUUCCUGCAGGAAAGGAUCAAGGUGAAUGGAAAAGCAGGAAACCUGGGUGGGGGCGUGGUGACCAUCGAGAGGAGCAAGAGCAAGAUCACGGUCACGUCAGAGGUCCCGUUCUCCAAGAGGUACUUGAAGUACCUCACCAAGAAGUACCUGAAGAAGAACAACCUGCGGGACUGGCUGCGUGUGGUGGCCAACAGCAAGGAGAGCUACGAGCUGCGUUAUUUCCAGAUCAACCAGGACGAGGAGGAGGAGGAAGAGGAGGAUUGAGCAGCGGGGCCGCCAUUUUGUACAGUUUUGCUUUUCUGGAAUAAACGGUGGAGAGAGUUGUUCAUA